CAAAGACCUGUACAGUCUUGGGCUCUACAGGCAUCAAACGGGAGCGGAAGAAAUCGGAGCAUCGUGCAGGCCUCGCAAUGUCAUCCUAGGCGGGAAGUGCUGUCACCCUGCGGGGACACAAGGAAGUUUUUCCUUUCGCCGUUGACCUUCGGUUUUCAUGCCAAGGUUACUUUAGGCCGGCGCGUGGGAUCUCGCUCAGGCACUCGCGCUGUUGCGCGGCGACUUGGUGAAGUGGCGGCCAUUGCCUCGUCGUGCGAUGCUCUACAUUGUCUACGCGCUCAUCGGAGCUUUGUUGCUCGUGGGGGCUGUGAUUCUGACAACACGCGUGGCUUGUUGUAGAACGUGGAAACAUGUGAAACGCAUGCCCGGACCGGACGCAUGCGGGAUGCCGAUGCGCACGAUUCUCCAGGUGCAGAUGAAGGCGUGGGCGAUGAAGAACGUGCUUCCUGCCACUGUUGUAUACAUGCAGUCACGCUUUGCAUUGACAUUGCGGUAUCAAAAAGAAGGAUUUUUCGCCUUCUACCUUGGUACAAGACCAUGUAUUACAAUAUACAAGGCAGAGCAUGUUGAGGUGUUUUUAAAUAACCGCCACACUCAGUCGAAGUCUAUUCAUUACGAACUCCUGCAUUCCUGGCUGAGAACCGGACUUUUGACAAGCGCGGGACCAAAAUGGAAGAGCCGCAGACGAAUGUUGACACCAGCUUUUCAUUUCAAAAUUCUUGAGGACUUUGUCGCUCCAAUGAACAAGAUGGCCAGGCUAACAGCUGCACGAAUCACCGACCGAAUCAAGGAGCCCUGGAUUGAUGUGGUGCCAAUGGCAGCUGCAUGCGCGUUGGAUGUCUUGCUUGAAACCAUAAUGGGUGUCACGAACACGAAUGAUGGCGGUGAAUCUCAGCGCUACGUGAAAAAUGUUAACUCUGUAGCUGAGCGAAUGGUAAGACGGUCGCAGGCUCCGUGGCUUGUACUUGACUGCCUGUACUACAGAACAGAAGACGGGAGACAAUACCAAAAGAACGUGUCUGCGAUUCAUGCCUUCACCACAAAGGUCAUCUCCAAAAGACGAGAAGAGAUAAUAAACGAAAUACAUGCGGCAAACAGCAAAAAGGACAACACACCUAAAAUGGACGAAGACUUUCACCUUACGGGCCGGACGUUCAAGAGGUUGACCUUCAUUGACAUCCUGCUUCGUUACAGCAUAGAGGUUGACUCUACCUUGACAACUGAUGAUAUACGAGAAGAAGUGGAUACCUUCAUGUUCGAGGGACACGACACAACUGCCAUGGGCAUUGCUUGGUCACUGUAUAUGAUUGCAUCACACCACCACGUUCAAGCGAAAAUUCACAAAGAAUUGGAUAGCGUCCUACAAAGUGACCUCGAUGCUGAUAUAACCUUAGAAAAAAUUAAGGAACUCAAGUACUUUGACCGUGUGCUCAAGGAGUGCCAACGCCUAUUUCCAUCAGUUCCGGUCAUCGGAAGAGCGACAUCCGAAGAUAUUAGCUUAGGUAAACACGUUGUUCCAGCGGACAGUGACGUUGAUAUUUUCAUAUACGCUCUUCAUAGAGACCCAAGUGUGUUUCCAGAUCCCGAAGUCUUCGACCCCGACAGGUUUCUACCGGAGAACGUUGUACACCGGCACCCGUACGCGUAUGUGCCCUUCUCUGCGGGUCCCAGGAACUGCAUAGGUCAGAGGUACGCUUUGAUGGAAGUUAAAAUCAUCGUCGCCACCAUUCUUCGGCGCUUCACCCUGGAGGCCGUUGAUCAGCGGGACCAGCUGAUGUUGGCAUGUGAACUUGUGUUGAGGCCUCUGAAUGGACUCAAAGUUUCAUUUACACCACGCUCAAGGAGCAUCUGAACACAUGCUAGUUGCUUCAUUGCUGUUAACCUUGAGCUGUGGCAGCAGCCACUGUCUGGCUAGUUUAUUUAGUGAGAACCACGACAAAGGUACGAUAAUUAACUCGGGAGUGACAUGACGCACUACCGGCCUCCAUGCGCUUACGGCAGUAUGAAUGAAGAUAUACUCACUUUCUUUAGCAUUUGCACAGCAAUGGCACUGUUGUAUUGAUACCAGAGAUCAAUUACACACGUAUUGUUCUCAAUUGUCGGCUUACAAGGUCAUGUUCUCUCUAUAUUCAUGAUAUAUCAAACGCAGAGUGAAUAAACAAUACAACAAAAGUUUUGUGGCAAUCGA